UAUGAUCAUUGAUGUAAUUCAUUUAUAAUGGAGGUGACGCAGUAGCCUACAUUUGAGUCUUAAGCUCUUCUGCAUAUGACCGAGCCAUGUGUCAUGGACUUGACACAUUGAUAACCAAUAGCUGCACAGUCACGUGUACAAAUAUUUUGACCUCGAUUUUUCUUCCCUUGUUUCCAUGCCAUCAGGAAGCGCGCGCCAUCUGAGUCAGCGCUCUCAUUGGCUGUGUACGUCAUCACCUACACGACCCCAAACCGCGAGGAGUCGCUGUUGCUUCUAGCUGGGCAUCUUCCUUUUUGAGACAGGAAUUCCUUAGUGUACUGUUUGUUAUGUAACUUCCGCCCCCCACCCCCACCAAAAAAGAUGGCUUCACUGUUUUCGUGUUGUUUGGGCUGUUGUGGGGAUGGGGGUUCGGGACAUGUAGCCCUCAAAGAGAUGCCAACAGUUCAGUUGGAUACGCAUCAUAUGGGAACGGAUGUGGUCAUCGUCAAGAGCGGCAGAAGGAUUUGCGGGACCGGAGGUUGCCUAGCCAACGCCCCUCUUCAUCAGAACAAGAGCUAUUUCGAGUUUAAGAUCCAGUCCACGGGUGUGUGGGGUGUGGGUGUGGCCACCCAGAAGAUGAACCUGAACCAGGUUCCGAUGGGUAGAGACACGCACAGUCUGGUCCUCAGGCACGAUGGGUCGGUGUACCACAACAACGAGGAGAAGAACCGCUUGCCUGCCAACAGCCUUCCCCAGGAGGGAGACGUCGUGGGUAUUACGUAUGACCAUGUGGAGCUGAACCUGUUCCUGAAUGGGAAAGACAUGCAGUGCCCUGCUACAGGCAUCAGGGGGACUGUAUACCCAGUGGUUUAUGUGGAUGACAGUGCCAUCUUGGACUGCCAGUUCUGCGAUUUCUACCACACACCACCACAGGGAUUUGAGAAGAUCCUGUUUGAGCAGCAAAUCUUCUAAACGUUUCCUUUUCAACACACACACACACACACACACACACACACACACACACACACUGUGCUGAGUACCAGCACAGUGUGUCCCACUCUAUGCCUGUCUGUAUUAUUUAAAGACUGACUGUAGUGUUAACUGACUGUAGUGUUAACUGACUCAGUGACUGACUGUGGGGUUAACUGACUGAAUGUGGUGUUAACUGACUCAGUGACUGACUGUGGUGUUAACUGACUGACUGUGGUGUUAACUGACUGACUGUGGGGUUAACUGACUCAG